AUGAUCUUGAUGUAUUUUUGUUAUAAAUAAAAUGGAUGCCUGUAAAUUUUGAAAUAUCCCUAGUACUUCUCUCAAAUUAAAUCAUGCCGUUUCAAAUAAGUUAAAUGUGAAUAUGAUGGAUGCAAUAUAGACAUUCUAUUAAAGGUUAAGAAUCUACAUGACAAUAUUUGUCUUUUUAAAAUUUUAUAAUGUAAAUGGUGUAAAUAGAGAUAUUGA